AUGAACCCGACAUCUACAUACAAUGAAAGUGAAAAUAAUUAUUUCUAUGAUAACGAAUACAAAGAUGGUGAAGAUGUGACUCCACCAGUGAAAACUGCAAUAGAAGUGAUUUCUCAGAUCUUCUACUAUCUGACGUUUCUCAUCGGAGUUCCAGGAAAUGUCUUUGUUCUGUACAUCGCUGGAAUGAAGAUGAAGAGGACCGUUAAUACGAUAUGGUUCCUUAAUCUGGCGAUUGCAGACCUCCUGUGCUGCUUUUCUACACUUUUCUAUGUGGUAGAGAACAUUCUUGACAAUCUCUGGCCAUUUGGAUCUGACAUGUGCAAGAUUCUUCCAUUUGUUAUGAAUGUCACCGUGUUUGCCAGUGUCUUCAUCUUGAGUUUGAUUAGUCUGGAUCGGUUUACACAGGUGAUCACUCCAGUUUGGGCUAAAAAUCAUCGCAGUCUGUUGCUUGCACGACUGUCCUGUGCAGCGGCCUGGAUCCUGUCUAUAGCUCUUAAUUUGCCCUUUAUGAUAUUAACAAGAACCUUUGAAUAUGAUAACAACACAUACUGCUUAGUGUUUGAUUUUGAUGACUUGGAAACAUAUAGAAAGUUGACUAUCAUCAGGUUUGUGUUUGGUUUUUUGAUUCCUCUCAUAUGCAUCGUCACAUGUUAUGGAUUCAUUGCACGAAAGUUAGGCAGGAGUCGUUUUCACUCUGGACGAGCGUUUCGCAUCAUGUCGGCUGUUAUUGUGGCAUUUUUUCUGUGUUGGCUGCCGUACCACAUUGUGUAUUUGAUCUUGAUAUUUGGUGUGAAUGAAAGUUUCAUGAUGGCCAUUAGACUUGCCCCAUUGGUCGUCUCUUUGGCGUAUUUCAACAGCUGUCUGAAUCCAGUUCUGUAUUUUUUCAUAGGGCAGGAUAUUAAGGAGAAGUUUAAACUUUCAUUAAAGUUAAAACAUGUUUUUGAAAGAGCUUUCUCUGAGGAGGAGACACAAAUAUCACAAUCCACCGAGACACAACAAAUGCAAUCAUUGUAG